AAUGUGUUUAUAUUUUAAUAAUAGUAUAGAAUAGAGAAUGUGUUAUAGUUGCAUUUAUUCGUCUAUUUGUGUCAGUGGUGCUCAUGUUAACUAAACUUGCUAGAAUAUGCUUUAACCUCUAACGAUCUUUCUAUACUACCGCCAUUCGAAAAUUUAUCAUAAAAUUUUACAUAUUUACAUAUAUAUGUAUAUUUAACAUAUAAAUUAAUGGUCUCAAUUUUUUCAAAAUAUAAGAAUUGUAGCUUAUCGAUGAGUAUCACUGCUUUCCGCCAUAUUUCUCGUCCCUACCCCUACUUAUUCUCGCUGACCUAUCGUCUUGUUAUGAUUGUAAUAUUUGUGAUUCUUGUUCGUUCAAAUUGAAAGUGUUUGAUAUCUUGCUGUGGAAAUUUGUAAUUGCUGUCAGUUCCCUAACCUCUUUAUCGACGAAUGCCCUAGUGGUGUUUUGUAUCGUGUUAGUUAAAAGUGACAUAUAAUCGCGUAACAUGAUGUCGCGGUCUGUACGUGCAGAGACUCGUAGUCGUGCCAAGGAUGAUAUUAAGCGUGUAAUGCAAGUCGUUGACAAAGUUCGCCAUUGGGAAAAGAAAUGGGUUACAAUAGGAGAAACUACUAUGAAGAUUUAUAAAUGGGUACCUAUAUCAACGCUUGAUCAGAAGAAGAAGACAAAGACAGUUGCAGACAAGGAAAAUGGUUUGCCAAGAAAAAGUGGAUUAGAUUCGUCGAACUCUAAUUUUGGUCUUACAGAGGAUUCAAAUACGUGUUUUUCAACAGUUAGUGAUUCCCAAGGAUUAACUGACUUUUCUGCGCAUCUGGGAUUUUCUGAAGAUUCUAAUUCGCAAAAUAGUGAACCAACAUCUAAAAGGUUAAAGACUGAUUAAAGUUCAUCCUGUGACUGUUAUUUGGGAUAUUAAAUAUUUAGGAAGUAAUUUCUAUCUUAUACGAAUUUGCACACUAUAAAGUUAUCUUAAAUCAUAAUUGUAAAUUAACAAACUAAAUGAAAUUUCAUCUUUCAUUUUAUUCUAUUUAGCAAAAAUUUUUAUGCAUUAAAGAAGAGGAUAAUCAUAUCGAUCAAUAUAAGUUAAAUGUAAUGAGUUUAUUUUUUUAUACAUGAAUUUGUUGUAUAACAACUCGACUUAAUUUAGAAGCUAAUGUUAAUGACGUUUUAUUUGAACAUUUGCAUUAAAUGUUCAGUUCCUUUUAAGAUCUGUUUUGAAGGAAAUUUAAAAGUGUAGUAUAAAAUUAUUUUUCAAAACGGAUUGUACAUUUUAGACAAUAUUCAUAUUAUUACAGUAUUAUUUAAUUAAUGAGAUACAUAUAAGAUUUUCCUUCAUUUCAAUGUAACAUCUCAAAUAACUGAUUGUCAAACAUUGAUAUAUUAUAAUUUUGGAAAUGUAAAAUAGAUAAUGAUAUAUUUGUUUUUGCUGUAAAAUAAUAUCUCCAAAAUACAAAUGUAUAACGUUACAAUUAUCUUCAAGGUAUUUAUGUGUCUAAGUAUAAUCAUAUAUUCAAUAAUUGCUCGAUAAUUGAGUAUCAUUGUACAUAUUUCAAGUAUCAUUUCUUUGCAGUUUUAUAUUCUAGAAUUUACAUUCCUUGACAUUAUGUUAUAGCACCAUGAAAUGUACAAAAUACGCUUUGACACUUACAAAUAAAUUAAUACAAUUGUGGA